GAGAAGGAAGAGAGGGAAGGAGGGAGGAGAGUAUGUGAGGCACCCAGUACAGGAGCUGCUUGUGAACAUUUAGCUGAGUGAAAGGGAAUGAGACAUGCAUCUACUGGGGCUGCUGCUGCCUCCACUGCUGUUGCCAGCCCUGUCUUUCCAACAGGACCCCUCGGAGAGCAAGGUUGCACUGGGAAGGAUGAUCCUUCCUGCCCUGGAGAAAGCUACCUCUUUCAUGGAGAAGAGAUUCAGGGAGCUUAACUUGGAUGGAGUGCUGGGAUUCUGGGUACUGCAAGUACAACUAAAAGGUACCCUGGAAAAAUGGGCCCAGAACCCUGCCCUGAAGCCCCUAAACCUGAGAGUAGAGAAGAUAGUAACGAAGUUGCUACCACUCAUCACAAGAGCCACGGUCUACCUCAAACUCAGUGAUUCUACUUACUUAAAAGAAUUCCAAGAGACUCUGCAGCCAGGGUUUUGGCAGCUCCCCCAUUUAUGGAGUCACACAAACAUGUCCAUGAUCUACUCCAAGUAUGAGAACUCAGACUCUUUUUCAGAAGAAUUAAGUGAUUCAUGCAUGACACUCUUACUGGGAACCAAGAAGGAGGGCUUGCAGCCCUGCACUGUCACUGACCUCUGCAGGGAACUCAUGACCAAGCCUGGCUGCAUGGGCUAUGCACUGUCACACCAGCUCCUCUAUUUCCUGUUUGCCAAAAUGAAAGGAUGCUCAAAUAGUCUAUUCCUUCGGUCCAAAUACUACACAGAUAUUUUGUGUGCUAAUAUGAUGAAAUUGAACUUGGAAACUGAAGAAAGUGAAUUUCCAUUUCUUAAUCGAGAUAUCUUCAUGGAAAAUAUCAUGUUCUGUGGACUUUCUGGGUACUCAGAUUUCUACAAGGCUAGAUGGCUACAAGCUAUUCUCACCUGGCAGCGACCUGUGGAGGGAUGCUUUGGGAAGCCUUAUGACAAUAGAAAACAAUUAUCCAGAGUUAGUGAAGAUGAACAACAAUCAUUGAGAAGAGUUAAGAGGCGAGAGAAAGGAUUUGCAGAUGGGUGUUCUUCCCACAAUACAGCUGUGGCAGUUGCAGCCUUGGGUGGCUUCCUUUAUCACUCUGCAGUACAUUCGCCAACCAUCACCAAGCCUCAUUAAUGCUUCACAGCAAUCAAGCAGCAACUAAAAGGGAUGAUUCUCUACCUGCUAAAAAUGAAACAUAGCUUACAUAAAUUCACAGGAAGAGCAAAAGAAAAGUACAGGCAAGACACUCCUGACAAAGUCAGUAUAAAGGGAAAUUGGGAUUAGUAGAGCUAGGAGAAAGAUAAAAAGGAAAAGAGUAUUAACUUUGCCUAGCAAAACUGAUUGCCCUGACUAGUGUCCAAAAAUAAUUUACUUUCAUUUAACCAACAUUAUUAUAUCCUAUGAGCAGACAACUGUGGUAGGAGAUAGAGGCAAAACAAAGAUGAAUAAAUAGUGUUUGUCUCAUGGAGCUUCCAGUCAAAGUGUCUCUUCCUGUAUCUUCCUAAUAUAGCAGCCCUGGAAAGAGAAAUUCUAGUCUUUUAGUGCCAAAAAAGUUUAAGGCGGGUAUUCCCAGCCUUCCAUCCAAACUCAUAUUAGGAACAAAGGCAGGUAUAGCAAAUGGAUAUCUAACUUUCUAGGAAUAAAGUACAACAUGCUCAGAAUUAGAAGUAAUAUUCUUUAAUAGCACAUGCUUAUGAGAAAGCCCACAGAACAGUUCCUUCCCACAUUCCCCUUGAUUCUCUAAUUAAUGGCAUCUGUAGAAUGUAAACUCCAUAAGAGUAGGAGAUGUUUCUAUUUUUGUUUUUCUUCUCCAAAACCUAUUAUCUGGAAUAAAGUAGGAGCUUAAUAAAUGCC